UCAAAAUGUGGAUCUGGUGAAGGAUGCACGAGAACUCAGACUCAAGUGUGAAAACGAUGGCGCUUUCAUUGACGAGAUGAAUCCUGGAGGGGUGAUUGAGUCUGUGCGUGAACUCUUAGGUCAGAUGAGCGCAUCACAUGUCAAACUCUACGUCGAGGCUUACCAGGCUGAUUUGGCUGCGCAGUCUCUGUCUCGAGCCCUCAAGACACUCCAUAACAACAUUUUUGCAGCUGCAAAGCGCAGCUAUACUGAUGACAGCAUCACUGCAGCUGUGGUUGAUGUGGUGAAGGAGAACAUCAGCGUGGCAGGGGAGAGAGCUGCCCUUAAUGCUGCUGAGCAGCUGACAUCCUCACUGCAGGAGAGAGCAGACACUGCAGCCAGGGCCAGAGAUGCACUGAGAGCCAAACACGCACAGAUCAUCAGUUUCAACAAGGAAGUGCAAGAUGGCAUAGAGAGUAUCCAGUGCCUAGCUGUAUGCGUGGGGGAUGGCCUUCAGAUCAUCAAGGAGCGUCUUCAAGAAGUCAGAUCCACAACAGAAGAAGCCCUCGAGGGCAUGUCCUAUCCCACCCCAGUCUCCGCUAACUCCCUGGCCAAUGAGUGUGAGGCAUUCAUUGCAGCGCCGCUCAAUCAGCUCCUUACAACAACUACUGAGGAGAUGGAUGAAAACCAGCAACUGACUGGAUGUAAAAGGUUUAGCCAAAAACGGAAGGCAGAAAUGUCAACAACCCCCCUCGUAUGGUAUGACCAGGCUGCAGCUCAGCCAGGGUGGGAAGCCCAACGGCAGCUUUGCAACGGCAUCCUGUCUUGGGAUGGGGUGUUUGAGGCAGUGUGUGAGAAACAGGAACUAACGACCAGCCUGCGGAAAGAGAUGGAACGACUCACCUUUGCCAAGGCAGCUAUGCAGGCCACCCAGAAGAGCAGGAAAAUACUGUCCAGUCAGGAAAUGAAAGAACUUACAGAGAAGGUAGAGAUGAGUGACAACAAGCUAGAAAAGGCCAUAAUUCAGCUGACGACUAGUUGCGAGAAGCAGGUCGACAUUGGCAUGCAUCAUGUUGCAAGAGUUAACAAACUUCUGACAGAAUGGUGGGCACAGCCAGCCAAGGAAAUUACUUUAUAGCAUGGAACAAUAUUGCAGCUUUAAUCUUUAUAAAAAGAAAAAAAAUAUGAUCAAACUAAAACUGGUGAUUAUGUAUGCAAACGUCACACCAUGUGCUUCAUUGGAGAAAGGUUUACAUGUAUGAUUUUAAUAAUUUUGAAGUAUAUGCUUAAUGCAGGUAA